AUGACGUCAGCUAAACCCUUCAACAAAGCGCCAGCAGGUGCGCAACAGCAACCCACGUCGUUUGAAUUGCAUGUCGAGGAACAGAAGCUGCAGGACUUCAAUACAUUACUCAAGUUGAGUCCGGUUGCGAAAGAGACGUACGAGAACACGCAAGUUGAGGGAAGCCACGGCGAGUUCGGAGUUAGCCGGCAGUGGAUUAUUGAUACAAAGAAGGAAUGGAUCGAGAAGUUCGAUUGGCGCAAGGAAGAAGACCGCAUCAACUCCUUCCCCAACUUCAAAACCGCGAUCAAGGACGAUGACGGCAGCAGCUAUGACGUUCACUUCACCGCACUGUUCUCAAACAAAUCAGAUGCUAUUCCCAUCGCAUUCUUCCAUGGCUGGCCAGGUUCGUUUCUAGAGUUUCUACCUCUCAUGGAUCUCUUACGCAAGAAGUACACGCCAGAUACUCUCCCUUACCACAUCAUUGCACCGUCUCUCCCUGGCUUUGGCUUAUCAUCUGACCCUCCUUUACAAAAAGACUGGAAAGUCGCGGACACUUCCCGCAUAAUGCACAAGCUUCUUCUUUCCCUGGGAUUUGGCACAUCAGGAUAUCUCGUCCAGGGCGGUGAUAUUGGCAGCCUCAUCUCGCGAGAAAUGGCAGCCACGUACACCGAAUGCAAAGGCAUGCAUCUCAACUUCAUGCACACCAAAGACAUUCAAUCUUACUCCUCGCCGGAAGACGAUGUCAGUGAAGCAGAGAAGAAAGGCAUCAAAAGGAUGACCGAAUUCAGAGAAGUAGGCCGCGCCUAUGCAAUCGAACACGGCACCAAACCCUCUACUAUUGGUCUCGUACUCUCCAGCUCGCCCAUUGCACAACUGGCUUGGAUUGGUGAGAAGUUCCUCGCGUGGUCUGAUCCUUCCACGACACCUUCCCUCACUACGAUCUUGUCUGAUAUCACUCUUUACUGGCUGACUGGCUGCUACCCGACGUCAAUUUACACAUACAGAGAGCCUAAGGAAACAAAGUACGUCAACAAACCAACGGGGUACAGUUGGUUUCCGUAUGAACUUGCACCUAUCCCAAAGGCUUGGGCUGAGAAGACGGCGAAGAUAGCUUUCUUUAGGGCGCAUGAGAGUGGUGGGCAUUUCGCGGCGUUGGAGCGGCCUGAGACGCUUUGGGCGGAUGUGGAGGAGUGGGUCAAGAGUGCCUGGAAGUGA